AUGGCCUACUACCACCGUCCCAAUGGGCACCAUCUGCGCCGGGUGUCUCCGCCCCCAGCCGAGCAGCCUUGCAAACUCUUCCUCUUCAACCUGGCCAAGUGCGUGACGGACAGUGACCUCAGGCCCUUGUUUGCACCGUUCAAGCCCCAGUAUGCCAAGGUGGCGCUCGGCAAGAAGGGACAGUCCAGGCGUUUUGGCUUCGCCUUGUUCGAAACGCAAGACCAGGCUGAUGCUGCGCAGAGUGCACUCCAGAGACGACUACCCACGCCCAAAUCGAGGUAUCUUGCCUCUGACCGCUCAGGGAAUGCCUACUGCCCCAACACUCGCAAGCCUCCCAUGGUCAUGGACGUGAGCGACAUGUCGCAGCCCAGAAGGCCUGCUCACCAGGACGACCAGGAAAACCUGGAGUGGAGGAGCAAGGCUGACAGGCUCCCGGCGUACGAGCAGCGCUCACGUCUCAGCCUGAUGCCCCGUGCCCCACAUGCGUUCGGACAGGUCCUGAGCGGCGCCCUUGUGCGUGUCCUGGACCAUGGCCGCUACCGCCUGCGCAUCGUGGAUGAAGUGACGUUUGAUGCCAGAGGGAAGAUAGUGCUCGUCCUCAAUUUCGUCCUGGCCGGCACCGUGAGCAACACCAACUGUCUCCAGUCUGAUGACUGUGGCAAGGAGGAACUUGCCGAGCUGAUCAGCUCGCUGCAUUCCCUGGGGCGUACCAUCACAGUUCACGACAUGGCUGCCACCAUGUGGCGCCUGUCGGCUGCACGUGCCUGGUGGGACGUCAUGACGAUCAACGGCAUGCUGUCAGUGGACGCAGUGGAUCGCCUGCCGGAGCUGGUGGCGCUGCUGAACCAGCAUGAUGGGCCGCACACCUGCUAUGACCUCGUUGAGGCUGCAGGCGUGGCACAUGGGGUGCAGGACAGCCACCAGGGCGAGAACACCUGGAAGGAGGAGCCCAGCGCAUCGGGGCCCUCGAGAGACAGCGGGCCGACGCCCGACUCCGCAUCCGAUCCUGGGUCCAAAGCUUCCUUGACGCCCAAGCCCUCAGACAUGGCGCCGGUGCCCCGCCAGCUGUUCGGCUCUCCCAAGCAUGGCCUCGUGGGCACGGAGGUCAGCAGCCCAUUCCAUGGGCCUACCCUCACCCCGGCCUGA